GUAUUAGACAGAGAGAGACUCCUUUACUAGUGAGGUGAUCUUUGUAGAAGAUAGACUCUUUCUCGUUCCUUCAACAAACAUGCAAUGUUCAAAAGAAACCAUUGUUCGUUUGUUCUACAAUGCCUCCAGUUCUUUUCAGCUUCUUUUCCUCUUCUUCUACCUCACCUCCAUUUUCCUUUCUAAGUUCUUGUUCUUCAUUUCUUCAAUCCCGUUCCUCCCAAGAAACGAUGAAGAAUAUGAAUAUGAAACAAUUUCGGAGGAAGAGGUAAGCGAUGAGGAUUACUACAAUGAGACUCCGGAGAAAGGCCAUCUGGUUGCAGAUAUAACCAGAGAUGGCGAAGAGCUCUCGUUUUUUCAGACUAGUCCAACAAGUUCAUGUCAAAACUCCGUAGUUUUUGAUGAAGAGGUCGUUAGUGAGCCUUUAGAAAACGAAACAGAUGAUGAGGAAAGAAGCGUUAGUAUUAGUGAUGACUUGUCUUUCUAUAGCCUACCGGAAUCUGAAUCGGAAGAACACAGUAGUCAAGAGGAGGAAGAGGAGGUGGUAGAGAUGAUAUCAUCGGCUGUUGGUCCAAAAUCGACAUCUAAAUCUUUUAGAUACGAUGUGAAUACACCAGCAAUAACAACACGUGCAAAGUCUGCUUGUACUUCUUUCAGAUAUGUUGGAGACGAACCAUCUUUGCGUGUGACGAAGAAAAUUAAUUUUGUGCUUGAUGACGACAAAUUUGAAGAAAAGUAUCGUGAAAAAGGAAAGAAUUGGGAAUCAAAUAUAACCCAAGUCGACAAGCUUUUGAGUAUAGCACCAUUGAACUCGGUUACUAAGAAACUUGAACUUGAAGAAAAGGAUCAAGAAGAAAUCUUUGGUGACACGAACACCAUCGGAUCCACUUCCAAGAGUUCAUCUGAAUGGCGGAGCUCCAUUAAUUGUAGAGAUCCGGGUUACGAUCCGUUUUCGUCUUCAUCACGAAGAAGUUGCCCCAAAUGGGAGUCUUACACUGUUUUCCAAAAGUAUGAUGAAGAAAUGUUAUUUUUAGAUAGAAUUAGCGCACAAAAACUUCAAGAAACAGAGUCGUUUAGAUCAUCAGCAACGUGCCAUUCAUCGUUAUCAGAUAAAAUCAUUCAUAAAUUAGCAUCAAGAAAUAAGAAAACAUCAUAUAUUUAUCAGAAUUCGUAUCACGAAUUAGAAGCCGCUUAUGUAGCACAAAUUUGCUUGACUUGGGAAGCUCUUAAUUGGAACUACAACUACUUCCACCAACUAAGAGCAUCACGUAGUGACUCCGACCCUGGAUGUCCUGCUUACAUUGCGCAACAAUUUCAACAAUUCCAAGUGCUUUUACAACGUUACAUUGAGAACGAGCCUUAUGAGAAUGGCAGGAGACCUGUUGUUUAUGCCAGAAUGAGAAGUUUAGCUCCUAAGUUGCUUCAAGUCCCAGAAUACCGUGAUUCUGAUGAGGAGAAGAAAGACGAAUAUUUGGGUUCAAGAAUUUCGUCAGAUUCAUUCCUUGUAAUCAUGGAAGAAGCAAUCAAGACAUUCAUGAGUUUUCUCAAGGCUGACAAGGAGAAUCGCUUUCAGAUCUUUGCACGUCUCUUUAGUAUCAAAAACCCAAGAACUACAGUGGAUCCUACAGUUCUCCUAUUGCUCAAGAAAGUAAACCAUAAGAAGAAGCUGAAGUUGAUAGAUUUACGGCGCUCGCAUAAGUGCUUAAGGAAAAGGAGGACAAAACAAGAGAAUGCGAUGGAGGUGUUGAUGGCUCUAAUAGACUUAAAAGUGGUGUCAAGAGUUCUGAGAACUACAGAUCUAAGUGAAGAGCAGAUGCAUUGGUGUGAAGACAAGAUGACCAAAGUGAAAGUUUGUGAUGGAAAACUACAAAGAGAUUCUUCACCACUUUUCUUUCCUGCACAUUAGCAGAUGCAUACCCCACCAUACAUGUGCUCAUUGCUUUCAUGACUAGAUUAUGAAUGUACACAUCACACUGCCUAGCUCUUUUCCUCGAAUGAUAGAGAAUAUCCCUUUCACCCCUUUUGGUAAUUAAUUAGAUUAGUGAAAGAAAAAGAAGAAAGAGAAAAAAAAGUUGGUCAUGCAUGGAUAAGAGAAGGCAUAUAUUGGAUAUUUGGCGAAUGGAUAAUGAUCGACGAUGAUGAUUGCCAAUCGAGGAUUAACCAAUUGUUUAUCAUGUCAUCUUGUUGUCAUCGUUCAACAAAUUAACCACUCAGAUCUGCUGAUGGAUUGUUAAAGCCGGGGAAAGAUGCAUAUUGGAAUAAAAAGUUGGCGCGCAAAGGAUAAUGUUGAAGCACACCACUUUGUUUUUAGAUGAAAAGGGCUUCAAUAAACAAAUCAAAUCCGAGGCAAUAGUUACCAACAAAUUUGAUCAG